AUGUUAAAAUAUAUAAACAAAAGUAAAGCUUUGUUAUUAAGAAAAAUGAGUACUGUAAAAAAUAUAUCUAAAACAAAUCAAUUAACUAAGGAGAUUUUUAUGUCCCUAAAGGAGAAAACAUCCUUAUUACAAAAAGAAAAAUUGUAUAUAGAACCAGUUGAAGAGAAUUUAUGUUUAUCAAAUUUAGAAACGUCUUGUCCUUUGACAUAUUUUACCUUAAUGUAUAAGAGCAGGAUUGACACCAAUGUUGUUGAGCUUAAGGUUGUACAAAAAUGUGAAGCAUCCAAAGGUACAAAUAACUGUAUGUUAAAUAAUAAUGAAAAAACAUCAUUUAGUACAGAUAAGGAUUUUAUUAAUAUGAAAGAAGAAGAAAAGAAUGAAACGAAUAUGAGUGUUGAAAAUAGGAAGGUCGAUUUUUUCGAUUCAUUUGUUCAAUUGAAUAUACCAGUGUUGAACGAUUUUGAAAAGGUUUUUUUUUACAAACAUAUCAUUGAACUUAUUGAUUCUCUUGCUGCAGAUGUAGUAUAUAGACAUAGUAUAGGUGUUUAUAAAAGAAAUAAUAAAUAUAAUUUCGUAACCGUAUUAUUUAAUAAUUUAAAAACAUAUGAAAAGAAUGUAUUUCAUCAUGAAUUUUCAUUUGCUCUUCAUGAUUCAUAUCCAUUAACAAUAAAUUGUUAUAUUGUAAACUCUGGAACAACAUCAUAUAUAUUAAAACUUGAUUUUUUUCAACAAAAUAAUUUAGUCUUUGAUAUAUAUACUACAUUUGUUAAUGUGAACUGUUUAACUUUUAAACCUGAACAAGUAGUACCUGUAUUGAACUCUACGCAGAAUGAAAAAUAUGAACAAAUCAAAACAUUGUGUUCUCAUAUUAAAGAUGUACAAACUUUAUUUAAUUACAAAGAGGUUAAAAGUAAAACAUUACAAACUAAUGAUAUGGAAAUUUUAUCAAAUUUUUUUAAAAAAUAUCAAACGCAAAAUUUAGGAUAUAUUCAAAAUAUAAAUGAAUAUACCAACAUAUAUGAUAAUGAACAAAAUGAACUAGUACAAAAUAGUAAUGACAAUAUAUUAACAAUAUUUGAUUCAAUAUUAAAUUUAAAUGAUUUGUCUUUUCAUGCUGGAAAAGUACAAUACGCAUGUAAAGAUUCAUUUGUACAAUCAAAUCAUUUUAUAUCAUCAGAAUUUAAGAAUAUACACAAUUUUACAUUUGGAGGGCAUCUAGCUUAUUUAUCUUUUUGUCAUGCAAUGGUAGUCAUAAAGAAAUUCUUACCCAAACCCAUACUUAUGCAAAUUAAUUCUAUACAAUAUAUUUUACCUGUACCUGUCAAUUCAGAAGUAUUGUAUAAAGGAAAAGUUGUAUAUUCUGAUCAACACUAUAUACAAGUUCAUGUAGCUACCUACUGUUUUGAUUUUAAAAAAAGUGCUUACUAUUUAACUACCAUUUGUGAUAUGUCAUUUGAAAAUAAUUCAGACAUUUCUUUUGUACCUCAAUCACAAGAAGAGUUCAAAUUGUACAUGCUAGGUUAUUUACGUUCACAGCUUCUACCAUAA